CUCAUCCCUACAUGAGCUUAUUUUCCCGCCAUUCCAAGAGGCAGAUCCCCCACGCAGAUCCUUCAAAACGCAAGCGUGCAAACUCCGCCGGCCUUAAAAGCUAUGCCAAGCGCAUAAUAGCGCUGCAUCCCUUCUCUCUCACCAGACAGAUCAUACAAUGCAACAUCACCCAACACCACCGCCCUACGCCUACAGCAGCCCACUGCCCGGGUCAUGGCCAGCCCACUCUCGGACUGCAGACGGCGAGUACGUCCAAAGUUUUCCCAAUGUCACCAAUCAACAUCAACAACAGCAGCCGUAUUCUCCUCAGCAACAUAACAACGAGCGCUUCUACCACCUCCCGCCACCGCCGCAGCAUGCACGGUAUGGAUCACAGCCACCGCCUGUCUCGAAAUCGCUUGGGUACGGAGAUUAUCCGCCGCCGCCUGCGUCGUCGUACAGUGCGGGGAGUCCCGGGCGGUCUGAGCAGCGAAGGGUGUGGCCCGAACGUAUGGGCGGUCAACGGUUGCCAUUACCAUCGGCGCCUCCAGAAGCGGUGAUGACAGAUGGGAGAGGGCGGUAUCAAGAUACGCACUACCAGGAUAAUGGAUACGCUUUUUAUGCCGAUCCCAGGACUGCGACGAACAUUCUGAACGAAACAAGUGAUGGCUCUGGGCGAUCGUCCAGGCAGGGCUCGGGUAUGUAUACCACUUUGUACAGAGUGCGUGGCACUUCUAUCUUGGUAACCAAAAACUACUGUUCUGCAGACAUCGAAACAGGCGACUCGCCCCACUCCUCCACUGAAAGCCUCAACCCCAGGCGUGGCUCCUCGUCCUCCUACUACUCCCACCUCGCCGCCGAACAAGCCGCCUCGCAAAAAGGCCCACGAGCGCUCCAAGACCCCUUGGUGCGCGCGCAACUCCUCAACCAAAAACGGCACAGCCCUUACUUCCUCAUCCUCAUCACCACCGCGCAAAUCGCCGCUUUCCUCGGCGAGCUGUACAUGAGCUGGAAACGCACGGGGUCACCGAUCCAGACUUCCCCCGAUUUCAACUACAUGAUCGGACCGGGCCCGGGUACGCUGAUCAGUAUGGGCGCGCGGUUCGUGCCGUGCAUGCGGACCGGGACCGGAUAUGAGAGCUCGGACGCUCUGCAGUGUCCUGUGGGCACAAAGGGCUCGCUCGCAGGGGGCACGCUCUGCACAUUAAAUGACAUAUGCGGGAUGUCAGGCCUCGCCGACCCCAAACACCCAAACCAAUGGUACCGCUUCAUCACCCCGAUCGGGCUCCACGGCGGCGUCGUGCACCUGCUCUUGAACCUCAGCUUCCAGAUCCGCACGGGCUUCGCGAUGGAGCGUGAUUUCGGCUGGUGGCGGAUGCUCAUCAUCUACAUGAGUUCCGGGAUCGCCGGGUUCAUCUUCGGCGCCAACUUCAACCCGCUCACCCCAAGCGUCGGAUGCUCCGGCUCUCUGUACGGCCUCCUCGCCUGCCUCCUCCUCGACCUAUUCUACAACUGGCAGCUGAUCACCCGCCCGAUCCGCGAGCUCUUCUUCCUGUUUAUCCAAAUCGCCAUCUCGCUGCUCAUCGGGAUGCUGCCCUACAUCGACAAUUUCGCGCACAUGGGCGGGUUUUACACUGGUUUGCUCGCCGGGCUUGUGUUUAUGCCGACGAUAUAUUUCAGCGAGGGGGAUAAGUGGCGCAAACGCAUGUUGGCGGUUCUGGCGUUGCCUGGGUUGGGGCUGGUGAUGUAUUUCCUGUUGAGGGGGUUUUAUCGCGCGGGUGAUCAGGGGGCGGAUACGACUGGUGGGUGUGCGUGGUGUAAGUAUUUGAACUGUAUACCGGGGAUGCCGUGGUGUGAUCAAAAGUGGGAUGUGGCGACGACCGCGGGCGGGAAUGCGACGAGUGCGGCGUCCUGAUCUUGGCCACCGGCGCACAUCGGAGGGACAUCUGGUUUGGUUUUCGUUGCGUCGACCCCCUUUCUACCGAGACCGGAUCACAUUUUCCGCGGUUUCUUCAUCCACGACUAUCCGACGACGAAAGGAUCCGAUACCCCCCAUUUGUAAAACGUAUGAGCAUACCCAUCCUAUUUCUACUGCCUCCUCACUGGGGAUCUCUGCAUCUAUUCUCUCUCUCUCAUGUACUAUGUACGUAAAGUAUCAUUGUCCCGCAAUCGCAUGGUAAAUGUGCACAAUAAU